UUCCAUCUUACUACUUUCAGACUCACAGGCUCUUCUGCUUUAUUCACCCCCUAAUAUACAAGGAAGAGUCUCUAAAGUGAAUCUUUAUCAGAAGGAAAAAGAUCUGGAAGAAAUUUGACUUUUGUACUACGUUCAAGGUAUAGUUCAACACAUAUUGUGAUACUUGCAUAGUGGCGAAAUUUAAAACAGUUUUUACUCAAUAGAUAUAUUUGAAACUUCAGCAUUGAAAUAUAUAUUGUAAAUCAAGAGAGUUUAAACUGUAUUGAUUAAAAGUGAGUCAAACUAAUUUAUUGUGAAACUGAAGUUGCAGUAUUAAUUGGACAAAACUUUGAGUAUUUAAGCUUGAAAGUUGCCAAAUGGCUGCUUCUUGCCAAGUACUCCUCUGUUUAGAUGACAAGUGAAGCAGUUCAGAUAGCCUCAAUGCAGACACCUGAAAAAGAUUCCAUGUGUCCAGGCAACGAUACUGGAGACUGCUGCCAGAAAAAAAGGAAAUACCAAAAUAAAGCAGAUGUUGUGUCCUGUACUGUUAUCUCAAGGUUUUGCAAGUCAUUCUGUUAUGUGCUUCUUGGCAGCAGGAAUGUAAACUAAUUCUUUCAGCACUGAACUAGAACCUUGACAAGGUUGCAAUUACAGCACUGACUUAUUAAAAAUGACUGGCCCGUUGAGUGAAUCCUUCUGAAGAAGAGACAUUUUACAGUACACUUUUAUGACCUAAGCCCAAAAGAUUGAUGUUGGACCCUUCUCAUUAUAUGAAAAGAUACAUUAUUGCCUUUGGGACUGUUGGCCAUCAAGAACAUAAGGACAUACUUAACUCAAAGGAAUCUCAUACCAGGUCUGAAGUGUUGGAGGACUUCUGUCAUUUUGGCAGCAUUUCAGUUGUGUAUUACAUUUUACUGAUUCAAUAUUGCAUAAACAUGGGUGCAUUUUUGGAUAAACCAAAAACUGAAAAACAUAAUGCUCAUGGUGCAGGGAAUGGCUUGCGUUACGGCCUCAGCAGUAUGCAGGGAUGGAGAGUGGAAAUGGAAGAUGCUCACACAGCUGUUGUAGGUAUUCCCCAUGGCUUAGAGGACUGGUCCUUUUUCGCUGUCUAUGAUGGUCAUGCGGGAUCUCGUGUUGCAAAUUAUUGCUCCACGCACUUAUUAGAACACAUCACUAACAAUGAAGACUUUAGGGCGACAGAAAAACCUGGAUCUGCUCUUGAACCUUCAGUGGAAAACGUCAAGAGUGGAAUCAGAACUGGCUUUUUGAAAAUUGAUGAGUAUAUGCGCAAUUUCUCAGACCUCAGAAAUGGGAUGGACAGAAGUGGCUCAACAGCAGUGGGAGUUAUGAUUUCACCUGAGCAUGUAUACUUUAUCAAUUGUGGUGAUUCACGUGCUGUUCUCUAUAGGAAUGGACAAGUCUGUUUUUCAACACAGGAUCACAAACCUUGCAACCCAAGGGAGAAAGAGAGAAUCCAGAAUGCAGGAGGCAGUGUAAUGAUUCAGCGUGUCAAUGGUUCAUUGGCAGUUUCUCGAGCUCUGGGGGACUAUGACUACAAAUGUGUUGAUGGUAAAGGCCCUACAGAACAACUUGUUUCUCCAGAGCCUGAGGUUUGUGAAAUUUUAAGGGCAGAAGAAGAUGAGUUUAUCAUCUUGGCUUGUGAUGGAAUCUGGGAUGUAAUGAGCAAUGAAGAGCUCUGUGAAUUUGUUAAGUCUAGACUUGAAGUAUCAGAUGACCUGGAAAAAGUGUGCAAUUGGGUAGUGGACACUUGUUUACAUAAGGGGAGUCGUGAUAACAUGAGUAUCGUACUAGUUUGUUUUUCAAAUGCUCCUAAGGUCUCAGAUGAGGCGGUGAAAAAAGAUGCCGAGUUGGAUAAGUACUUGGAAUCACGGGUUGAAGAAAUUAUGGAAAAAUCGGGUGAAGAAGGAAUGCCUGAUCUUGCUCAUGUUAUUCGUAUUUUAACUGCGGAGAAUAUCCCUAAUUUACCACCAGGAGGUGGUUUAGCUGGCAAGCGUAAUAUUAUUGAAGCUGUGUAUAGUAGGCUGAAUCCACACAGAGAGAACGAAGGGGGUGCUGGAGAUCUAGAAGAUCCGUGGUAGCCUUACAAAUCUACUAAAAUGCUUUUGAUUCUGAAAGGGGGAAAAAACCUUUUAAAUCUGUUUUCUUCAAUACAAGGGAAAAAUUCUGGUGGAUUUCCAACAUUUUGUGAAAUGGGCAGAAAGAUAUUAGAAUUUUCCAUCAUUUGUUCAUUUUUGUGUUUUCUGAUAUUGCCACUCUUAGCAUUGCCUGUACUACAGUAUUUCUACCAGCCUCGGGCAUACUGAUUACAUCUGUAAUGAACUUUGGCCCUAAGAAGGAAGGAAGGAAGGAAGGAAGGAAGGAAGGAAUGAUUCCCUCAGCAGAUCAGUAUAUGUACCUGAGGUGCACGGGAUUGUAGGUGUACUUUGAAGAUACACUAUGGCUAAAUGAAAUGUGCAACACACAAGCGUGAGAGAGUACAAGUAAUUGUUUGAGACGUUACUUAUCUCACUUUACCGAGUUGGAAGGCUUUGCAGCUCUGUGGCUUGGAAGUAAUUUCAAUUGGGCAAUACGCUAUCAGAUGUGUAUUUUUUUUUUUAAUUUUCCAGUUUUACCUGUAUUACCAGACCGUUAGGUUUCCCUGCGGUGUCCAAAUUGUGAUAUGUUGCCUACUGCUUGCUUGAAGAUAAGUGUAUUUGGCAAUAAUAUAUGAAGAUUCUAGGCAUCUAAAAACAGUAAGAAUUUUACGCAUGUGUACAACACACCCUUAAACUCUUGCUAGAGAAAAUCUUUUAAAACCAAACUGAUGAAUUUAUAGUUAGUAGUGACUUGCUUUGACAUCUCUCACAGCUGCAGGUUUUUUUAAAAAAUGCUGAAAAUUUGCCUUUAUUAUAAUGUAAAUUGUGAUUAUUUUUUUGUUCUAUAUGUGGUUUUCUAUAGUUUUUGAUUUUUUUCAGCUUAAGAUACAGACAGAAGUCUUGUGUAAUAUGGGUAUAAUUUUUAAUUGUUUGCAUUAUUUUCAAAGUUCAAAUUAUCACUUUGAGAUUACUAUAAAUACACUUAAAAUUAUCUAUUUUAAAUUAAGAAAAUAUUAGAGAUAUUUUCAUGGGUUCGAUGACCUUUCAUUUUAUAAGCAAUGGGCAUGGUACAGAGUGGCUGUCAUGUAAGGGACUUGAAGAUUCUUAGUUUAAUUCUAUUUUUGCAAUAACCUUGACUUUUUUUCUGACUUCUUUGAGUUGUGCAUGUAAUGAGUCCAGUAAAUGCUGAAAAUGGGGAAGAGUAAAGUAUUUAUCUAAAAUAAAAGCUAUUGGGGAGGGGAAACAAUGAAUGUAUCCAUCUGUACAUGACUUACAUGCUGUGGAUGCCUUGUAAACAUUUUCCUAUUUGUUUAAACUGUGUUUCAGCGAGGAUGUAAUUGCCCUUGUGUGUAGUUUUAAGCUAAUGACAGUCAUCAACUGGUUUUGUGUGAAAUGGAACUCAUGGUAGUUUUCUGUAACUUUAUCCCCAUGGUGAGUCUGUAAAAACCACACGCUCUUUCAUACUGGUGCCGAAGGCCAGCUUUCCCAAUCAUUUUGAUUCACUGUGUAUCUGAUUUUUUUUUUUUGGUCUAGAGAGGAUUAUUGCCACAGUAUAUUUUAUUUAUUCAUUAGAUUUUAGCCUUGUAAGUUAAAGUGUUCUAAAUGAUGAUGUUAACAGGUAUUUGUCCCUUUACUGGUUUUUUUGGGGUUGUUAAAAGAUAGGGAAUGAAGAAUGCAAAAUGGUUUAUUGUUCAGACUGUCCGCUCUGGUCCAACCCUGUACUGAUAGUACCUUCCCAGUAUGAUAUUGUGAUGUUUCAUACAAUACAGUGAACAUAACCAACUUGUUAUCUUCAAUAAAGGAUUGCUAAAACAGUG